AGUCGCUCGGUUAGCGGCGCCCCGUCAGAGGAAGGCUGCGACGUUAGUAAGCUCGAGCUUCCCAGGAUGAAACAAAGCCUUCCUCGUGUUGAAGACGGUGUCUGGCUGUGGUGAAGUUGUGAAUAAACCUGUGAUAGUGAUAAUUCCGCUAUGGCCAGGUUAUGAAGGCGUAGCUGUGUGUUAAGGCUUUGUUGUUGUUGUUGUUGUUGACAGAGAGACCAAAGCUAACGGCACAUAAGUUGAGCUUCCCAGCUAACCCGUGUCUUUCCUCGGAGCUGCCGGCUACAAGACCUUAGCAUGCCAAAGGAGGCAGACCACCAUGAGGGUGGAGGAGAAAAGGAGUCAAAGGAGGAGAGGACGCAGGAUGCUCCUGAGGAGGCGGUAAGGAAGAGGGUCCGGGCGAAUACUCCGAGCCCACACAGGGGGAACACUCCUCAAGCCAGCCCCCCCAGGUUUGUCUCUGUGGAGGAGCUGAUGGAGACAGCCAAAGGAGUCACCAACAUGGCUCUGGCUCAUGAAAUCAUGGUCAACCAUGCUUUUCAAGUCAAACCUGCGGAGCUUCCUGAAGGGAGUUUGGAGCGCAGAGUUAAGGAGAUUGUGCACAAAGCAUUCUGGGAUUGUUUGGAAGCUCAGUUGAAGGAGGAUCCGCCAACUUAUGGUCAUUCCAUCAAACUGCUGGCUGAGAUUAAAGAGACACUGCUGUCUUUCUUGCUGCCGGGCCACGGCCGUCUGCGCUCCCGUAUUGAGGAAGUUCUGGAUCUGCCUCUAAUCCAGCAGCAGGCGGAGAACGGUGCACUCGACAUCAAUCAGCUGUCCCAGUUCAUUGUAGGGAUGAUGGGCUCGCUGUGCGCCCCCUGCAGAGAUGAGGAUAUCAAUAAGCUAAAGGAGAUCACCGAUAUUGUGCCUCUGCUCAAGGCAAUAUUUUCUGUGCUGGACCUGAUGAAGGUGGACAUGGCGAACUUUGCCCUGACCAGCAUCAGGCCUCAUCUGAUGCAACAAUCGGUUGAGUACGAGAGGAGCAAGUUCCAGGAGUUUCUGGAGAAACAACCCAAUGCCUUAGACUACACUGAGAAGUGGCUUGAGGACACAGUGAGAUGCCUGAGAGAGGCCGGAGGGGAUGGUUCCAGUGCUGCCUCCUCUGACCCUCUCUCACUCCUCCCCGUUAAUGUCCAUAAUCACGCCUAUCUACGCCUGCUGAGGUGGGACCAUGCCUCAGAUCCCUUCCCAGAGACAGUGUUGAUGGAUCAGGUUCGGUUCCAGGAGAUGCAACAGGAGGCCGAGCAAUUAGUUCUUCUCUCCUCUGUGCUCCUCAUCAUCUACACUACCACUGGAGAGGCUAUCUCAGGCCUGCCAGGGCUGAUGGAGACUCUGAAAAACACUGUCAACGUCAUGCUUGCAGACAUGCACAUACCGUCUUUUAGUGCACAGGAGGCCUUAGCGACCCUUGGAGAGAAACUGUGUGUUGAGCUGAGUCAGUGUCUAAGCCAACACGGCUACUCUCCAUUCUCAGCUGACCGAAAGAGCACUCUGAAGGGACAAAUAUCAGCAACCAUCCAGCCAGACAACACAGUCCGCAAGCUGAUGGAGUCUCGGGUUCAGAACUACCUCCUGGCUUCCCUGGAGUCCAGUCAACAUAAGACCCCUCCUCCUCUCCCAGGAGGCCUGGCUCCGGUCAGCAGGGAGCUGAAGGAGCUCGCUGUUCGCUUCAGUCGGCUCGUCAACUUCAACAAGCUGGUCUUCUCCCCGUUCUACCAGAAGAUUCUUCAUAAAAUAGUGUCAGCAGGGGAGAGUCCCGGCACAGACACGUAAACACUGACAUGGCAAGUAAGAGUGACGUGGAGAGUGGUCUGUAGUUUUGCAAUUUCCUCUCACUAGUAACGGUUAAGAUUUAGAGAAACGAGUUGAGGAAGCUGAUCUGUAUUCAGCGGGUAAAGCCAGCCCCCUAGAGUGUGCACCACAAACCACCAUAAUCUAAAAAUGCUGGCUGCCAUCUCAGUUUCAUUAACUCACAGUGUUGCUUCUUUGAUAAAAUCUCAGGCCUCAUAACCAUCCAGCCAUCUUGCAUUAAGUUGUUUUCAGUAUUACUAGCAGGGCUGGGUAUCAUUAAAAUAGCAUGAUAUCCAAGUCAAUACAAUACCCGUGUUUUAGAACCAGUACUAAACUAUACUUAGUGUUCAGGUAACUAUACUGUGCAGAGUAGAAACACAUUUCUUUCUGCAAAAAACAAAAAACAAACAAAAAAAAAGGGUCAUGUACAGUUUAAAAGUAACAAAAUAUGAAUUCUAAAAAAUCUAAUUAACGUUUAAGUCAGCAAGACAAAGGAUCAAAGCCUUUAUCAGGAUAUUAGUCGUCAUUGGCCAACGGUUCUCAGUGUGAUUCAUCUUCAGUCCUUUAUUAAUGUUCUUAACCUAGACCCAUGGCAGUUGUGUCUUUAAGGGAGCUCAAGAGGUGUGUCAACCUGUCAGGAGUUGCAGGGAGAUAGCGUUCAGGCAGAGACAUGCGGGCACAUUCCAUGCAAGGAGAGAAGCCUGAGGAACACUUGAUGACAAUAAGAUUAUUAAGAGAAAGUUGCACAUUAAUACGCUUAUUUGUUUACUCAAUGAUAGAAAAGGAGUCCCUAAAGGCAAAAGGUUGGAAGCCACUGGCCUAGAAAACUCACCGAGUUUGCAAGAAGGGAAUAAUCCUAUAUCCCAAAAAAUGUGCAACUAUUCUUUUAAAAGAUACCAUUUUGACAGAAACAUUAGUAAAUAAUUAGAUUUUACAGUAAUCCACUUAAACUGAAGUAAUGGAAAAACAAGCUUAUAUAGCAUAUAAGACAUAGCAUAUAACCUAGAUUAUCAGGUUUUCCUUGAACAAAUCUCCUUGAGCAGAAUGUGCCUCACUAGUAUCUGCUGACAACUCUUACCAGGUAAAACCCCUCUUGGGCUGUGCUACAGUAAAUACUGGCAGAGCUGGGAGUUAUUUCCUAAUUUAAGACAUUGAUAAAUUGGGACAAAUUACUCCGAAGACAGUAGCGCAAAAUAUGCAUCGGUCAUAGAAUUUUUGGCGGAGCGUUUUUCCAUAUUCAGUAACAGCUUUAGGGUCGUGACAGUUUUCAAACUCUGCUAGUGACACAUCCAGCUCACCCAAGUAAAAGAGAAUGAACUAGACAACAGCUGACUGCAUGCUGUCUUUGACACCACAACUGUAAAAUAUACAGUGGAUACAAAGACUUGUCACACCUUUACAUCUUUUCUUGAAAUCAAAUCAUUCUUGUUUGGUUUAUCAGAUUUACUUGGAUGAGUACAAUUAUUUGGGUAUGCAUUUCUUCCAGUGUAUUAAACAUGAAAUCAUAUGUUAGAUUUGUAAUUGUGCACAUGGACCAGUAGAUGCUCAGAGGAAGCAUCUUCACCAAGUCUGUUUGGAGUCUCUACCAGCCUAAAUUAAAACUGGAAGAGAAUGUUUUGAACACAGCUUGUUUAUCGAAAUGCAUCGCCUCUGAACCUCUGUACUGGCUCAUAAGGAAUUAAAAGAUCUGAAAAGAAGCAGUGGGCUACACCAUACUACGGAGCCCCUGGUUUUUGUAUCCACUAUAUGUGCACAGAGACAGUUCUUCUUCCAAGAUAUUUGACAGUAUAUUAGAUACAAGGGAAAAGACCAGGAUAAAUCGAUGUGUAUUCAAGGAAAGCCAGACUGGUGUUAUGGACCAACAUGAACUGUUGCUGUCUUUAAUUGUUACUUGGUUUUUGAUAUAUGUUCACUUAUUUAUAACAUUGCUGACGGUUUAUAAGAUGAUAAGAAUAUUUAGUUUUGACAAACACUUUGCUUUGGUUAAUGGUUUACACACUUGAGGUGGUUACCACAGAAUACCUAUUGUAGUUGUAAUGUUUCUUCUCUCCUCCAAGCAGAAUGACAUUGCCUAUUCCCCAAAUGACUGACACAUGUUCAUUGACUGGUCCCAUCAAUUACACUGAUAUUUGUCUUUGAAUGUUCAUCCAACAUGCCAAUAAAGCAUUGUUUGUCCCA